GGCACUGAACCACGUCAUGCAAAGACAUAAAACUCAGCGCUUCUUUGAUGACCAGAGGGAAAAACACAACAAGAGAUCUGCGAGCCACAAGGAAGUGGAACAGCUGUCAGAUGAGGAAAAAACAGAGCUAAAGCAGUAUACAGAAGAUAUGUGCAAAGCUGAUCAUCCUACUACAGCCCUCGAUGUGUAUGUGCUCACAAAAAGCAACCUGCUCGGUGGAAAAGGAAUUGAACUCACUGUCAUUGAUAAAAAUGGAAAACAGCUCACUGUGGAACGUUACCCAGGAACCAACAAAUCAGCAGGCGAUAUAAAAUUGACAUUAACCAAGCCUGCAAAAACCACACAUCCAUCACAAGCUGAUACACAGCUGUACAGUGGCCGUUUUGACAUUGUACAAGAUGAUGGCAGAAUAGUCAGCGUUAACUCGGAUCAUCAGAACGCUCUUUAUCAUGCUGUAGCACAAGCAACUGGCAGCGAGACAAAGGACCUAAAGAUGGAAGCUUUGAUGCUACGCAAGAAAGUGAAAAAUGAGAUCCAGAUAAACUUUGAGUCGUACACACCCCUGCUUAUUCUCCAGAGAGGAUAUGACUUCUGCCUCAAAAACCCCAGUAAAUACAGCAUAACUGGAGGAAGAAUAAAGAAGACCGACAUUGCACUGCAGAACUACUUACAGAGUGUUAAAUCCAUCAGAUGUGGUGAUCGAAUCUUGAUCAGAAUGUACCAUCUUGGAUUUGUUGGUGAAUAUAAAAGUGUUGUAAGUGCUCGGGGGUCCAGUAAGAACACCACAGGAACACUUAACACAAGCCACAUUCCACCAAAGGACUCCAUCAGAAUUGCUGAGUCUGUCAUAGAUAAACCAGACUCAGUGAGCGAGCUGAAAAAUAAAAACCUGCCGCUUUAUAACCUAAUCAGCAGCAUGAAGACGGACAGUAAUGGAUGGAACCUGAUUGCCAUGGAGGUUCUGGGACAAGAUCACAGACGAGCUCUGACUACGGGUCCAAGCAGCCUCUCAAAGACGGCCAGGAAACUUCUAGCAGACACCAUAAUUAUUGGAGACGUGGAGCUUCUGCUGAAACGCUGCAUGAUUCUGCAUCACCCGCUCACCUCACAAAAGCUGAGAGAAGCUCUAGGUGAAAGCAUUCCCUCUCAGUGCCACGUUUUGUCCGAUGAAGGUAUCCGAGGCUACUACAAAGCAGGAUACAGAAACCUGGUGUCAGAGUACAGCCGCAUGGGAAUCCUGGAUCAGAACCAGUGUGAGCGUCUGGACGAGUGGGUGACUCAGGACCAGCACGAGGACACUAACACUGCAGAGUACAGCCAGGUUCUGCAGGGGUUACAGUGUUAGUGAACACAAGAUCUCUUCAGAGCCUUAUGAUACAUGUGCUGACGGCUAUAGAAAGCAGGAAUUUACUAAUCUCUAAAAUUGCAUU